AUGGGCGACUUAUUGUCCAAGUCUUCACAACCUGACUCCACCGCCACCUCCUCCUCCCCCACCGACGCCGUCGCCGUCCCCAUGCCAUCCCCAAACUCCGAGCUUUCCCAAGCCUCCCAAACCCCAGAAUCGAAAACCCCAACCGAAAAAUCUAUUGAUCCGCCAUCAGAUCCAGCGACGGCACAAGUUCAACCAAAUGCAGCAGAAACUGAAACCCUUCCCGAAGGAAAUACUGAAGAAUCUACCAAAGACGGUGACAAUGUCGAAGAAGUAGGAGAUGAAGAAGAAGAAGAAGAAGAAGGCGAGUGUGGAUUUUGCCUGUUCAUGAAAGGCGGCGGAUGCAAGGAGCCCUUCAUAGAAUGGGAAAAGUGCGUGGAGGAAGGCGAGACGAACAAAGAGGAUAUCGUGGAGAAGUGUUUCCAGGAGACGGCGGCUCUGAAGAAGUGUAUGGAGGCGCACUCCGAUUACUACGCUCCUCUCUUGCAGGCGGAGAAGGCCGCCGAGGAGGAGGCCGCGAGACAGUUAGAGCAAGAGAGAGAAAAUUCGAAGGAGGUGUCUGUGGAGAAGGAGGCUGUGGAAGAGAAAUUGGGCGGCGAUGAAAAGAAUUCUGCUUGA